AUGGAGCAGGGCGAUAAGGAUGCGAUGCAAGUCCCCUUUGCCCAGCGGCCUAUUGUCGUUUUAGGUGCAGGCAUUAUCGGUUGUGCAACGGCCCGCCAAUUACUCCAGAGCGGCUUCCCCGUAGUAGUGGUGGCAGAGUAUCUGCCCGGGGAUCAAGAUAUUACUUAUGCAUCUGCAUGGGCAGGCGCCGCCUGGCAUGCUGCCGGUGGGAUCAACCCUGAGCAGCGAUAUUUCCAAGCUGUGACCCACCGUAUCCUGCUCAAGAUGGCCCAGAAUCCGGAAUCUGGAGUCUGUGUGGUCAAAGCACGAGAAUUUUUGGAACAAAAACCCGCUCCUGACUCGGCAAUCUGGGGUAGAACUAUUACCGCCAAGUUUCGGGAGAUGAGCCGCGAUGAGUUCCCGAAUAACUUCUAUUGCGCUUGGUCCUAUGAGACUCUGGUCACGGACCCCACACGACAUAUGCCAUAUCUUGGCAGGCAAGUCACGGAACUGGGAGGAAAGUUUGUUCGCCAUCGAGUACAGUCUCUCCAAGAACUGUACGAUAUGUUUCCGGAAUCGACAAUAUUCAUCAAUGCCAGCGGGCUUGGCAGUUUGACCCUCACGGAUGUUCUGGAUGAUCGCUGCUUCCCUGAAAGAGGACAGACGGUGUUUCUCCGAACGGAAAAAUGCAAUACCAUGUACUUUCGCAAUGGCCAGGAGUAUACCUAUGUCAUUCCACGACCUUUAUCGCACGGCGUGGUGUUGGGAGGUGUGAAGCAACAAGACAAUCUGUCCCCGGAAGUUGAUUUCGAUAUUGCGCGGGAUGAGAUCACACGUGCGCAUCGGCUCGCCCCCGACGUAGUGCCGGAACAACCGGCAGACAAGGACAUUAGUCACAUCAUUGGAAUUCGACCCUCGCGGCGAGGGGGAUUUCGUCUUGAUUCGGAGAAACAAGGUAAUCGGCACGUCGUUUCGGCCUAUGGAUUUGGUGGUGGGGGAUACGCGUUCUCGUACGGGAUUGCAGAUGCGGUAGUGAAGAUGGUUGAAAGCGUCGAGCGCGAAAAUGUGAUUUUGUAG